CUCUCGUUUCAAAAACCCCAUCCCCCCCCCCCUCUCUCUCUCUCUCUCUCUCUCUCAAACACACACAACCCAUACCUUCUCUCUCUCUAGAACGGCGAGACGCUGAGAGAGCAAGGGAGAUGGCCACGAACACCGGGACGAUGGAAUCGGCGUACUUCGUGGGCAGAUCGGAGAUCUUGUCGUGGAUCAACUCGACUCUGCAACUCAACCUCUCCAAAGUCGAAGAGGCGUGUUCGGGUGCGGUUCAGUGCCAGCUGAUGGACGCGGUUCACCCCGGGAUGGUGCCGAUGCACAAGGUCAACUUUGACGCGAAGAACGAGUACGACAUGAUUCAGAACUACAAGGUCCUUCAAGACGUCUUUAACAAACUUAAGAUCACCAAGCACAUUGAGGUGAACAAGUUAGUGAAAGGAAGGCCCCUGGAUAAUCUGGAAUUUAUGCAAUGGAUGAAGUGGUACUUCGAUUCGGUGAAUGGAGGUGUCCUACACAGUUACAAUCCUUUGGAAAGGAGAGAGACUUCGAAAGGAGGUAAAGAAGGGAGCAAGAAAUCUGCAUCCUCACAAUCUUCCACCAAGUCAUCAACUGCUGCUUCCAAAACUCAGACCUCUCACAAUGCUCGGAGGAAUGAUGCCAUUGCUACAAAUCAAUCUGUAAAGGCCUCUAGACCUUCCUCUAGAGAAGGGCCUGCAUAUGACGAACAGAUAACGGAACUGAAGUUGUCAAUUGAUAGUUUAGAGAAAGAAAGAGACUUCUACUUUGCGAAGUUGAGGGAUAUUGAGAUCGUGUGCCAGUUUCCUGAGAUUGAGAAUUUGCCUGUAGUUGAAGCAAUAAAAAGGAUUUUAUAUGCUACAGACGACAGUGCAUCGGCAGUGGCUGAAGCUCAAGCCUUGAUCUCUCAGCAUGAGAAUCAAGUUUCAAUGUUGAGUCCCAUUUCUGAGGUGGCAGAAGAAGGGUCCAAGUCAGAUACUCAAAAGAGGAAAAACAUUAUCAAUGUCGAUGUUGAUGUUGCAGCCAAUACUACAUUAUCUCCGAGGCAACGGAUUUCUGAUGUUUCUGAUGUCCAUUGCAGCGGAUCACCCCUUGUGACUUACUGAUCAUCUCCUUACUUCAAGGAGUAACGCCAUGAUUCCAUCCACUUUGCAAGGGAGUUGGUUUUUGUAGUUCCAAUGUUUCAAAGUUCCUCCAGCUACUAUGUUGUCUGUUGACUAGGAAUAAUGCAAAGUGUCUCUGCUUCAGGGCGUAGUUGCUUGGUGUAAAAUUCCAUGGUUCUAUUUGUAUUAGCCUGAUACACACUUGGUCCUCUAUAUCUGUAAGAACUGCGUUUUUUGAACUUUGGUUUGAUCUAUGGAUGAGUCCAUGUGCAGUGUAUAAGCUUUCAUAUGGAAAGUGAUUUUGCUCA